AUGUCAGGUGUGGCAGAGAAGUACAUCAGAGUAGUCCAAGAUAUGUUCGAUCUGUCUGAAAAAAUUCACCAAGAGAAUUCCCCUGAACUGAAGAUUAAUACAACACUGAGAGAGGUUGCAGAUCACUUCAAGAAGAAAAGUUGUUCUGACAAACCUGAGGUUCUUUGUGAUUCCUGCAGUGGAGAGAAGCUGAAGGCCCUGAAAUCCUGUCUGGAUUACCACAAGAAUCACAGCACUGUUCCUAUAGAGGAGGAGAGCAGAGAGAGGAAGACUCAGCUGGUGGAAACACAGACAGAUGUGCAGCAGAUGAUUCAGGACCGACUGAAGAAGAUAAAAGAGAACAAACACUCAGUAGAGCAAAGCAAAAGAAGCACAGAGAAAGAGAAAGCAGACAGUAUUGAAGUUUUCACUGCUCUGAUUCGCUCCAUUGAGAGAAGUCAGGCUGAGCUGCUGGAGGUGAUGGAGGAGAAGCAGAAAGCAGCAGAGACGCAGGCUGAAGGACUUAUUAAAGAGCUGGAGCAGGAAAUCAGUGUGCUAAAGAGGAGAGACACUGAGCUGGAGCAGCUCUCACACACUGAGGAGCAUCUCCACCUUCUACAGGUCAGUGUUCCUCUUUCUGCUCACUGACAAUGCAGAACAUCACAGAACAACACUCACCAUGCUGAGGGAUUUCUCCUCUCUCCUGCUCUCCUGUAGAUUUACUCCUCCAUGUGCAGCCCUCCACACACCAAGAACUGGACUGAGAUCAGUAUUAACACUGAUGUGAGUGGG